GUACUGUCGAGAUCGAGCUUUAAUUCUUGAACUUGAAAUCGAAGACACAAAAUUGAUAUCAAAUAUCAAUGAUAAGAUAAAGCAACAUGCGGCUUCAUACAACCCUGGGAAAAAUUGACUAGUGAGCAUUCAUAAUUUGAAAGAAGCGGAUCAAUGUGAGCAACUCUCUUUAACAACAAGAUGAAUCCAGAAGACAAGGAACCAGUACAACAAGGAUCAUCGAGUUUAGGUGAAGAAAAGUGCAAGCAAUGGGUUGAGAGCAGCGAGUUUUCGACGAUAAGCGAUGACGUAUCCUCUCUCAGUGGACACAGUACGGAGUUUAUUUCGACCGUUGCCGACAGUGACGUAAACUCAAUCACAGGCGACAUUGGUAAUAUCAACAUCGGCAGAGUCAAUUCAGGCAAUGAACUAAAAAUAGUAUCGAACAACGGUAUCACCGAUAUCAAUCAUACUGAAAUACUUCAAACAGUGUUCCAGGGAAAUAGCACGCAAUCCUUUGGAAAUAUACAGGUGGAAAACUCCAAUAAAAUCCACAUCGGCAACGUAACAUAUGUUACAGGUCCAAUACACAUCAUACACACAAGUGGAAACAAUCUUGGAUCCAUCCAGCAAUUCAUUACAAAUCCACCAACAGCUGCACUGCCAACUAAGGACAGUACACCAUCUCAGGUAUUUCCUAAUUCUACAAAUGUGAAAGGACAUGAAACCGAGCCAGUUGAGCAAGUAGAACGCAAUCGGGAUGAGAUAUUCGUGUCGAAUGUUUCGAAGAAAAUCAAUGCCAAAGUACUGAGGAUAAUCGAUAGAAGAUCGUGGUUGGCACAACCUGCGUUAGAUCACCAAGACUUGAAUACUCCUGUACCUUAUGUAGUCAUCUCUCACACUGCCACAGAAUCGGCCGAUACGCAGGCUGGGAUGGUAUACAUGGUUCGCAUGAUUCAGUGCUUUCACAUAGAAUCGAGACGAUGGCAUGAUAUCGCAUAUAACUUCUUAGUGGGAAACGAUGGAAAUGCCUACGAAGGACGCGGAUGGAAACGGAUUGGUGCGCAUACUCAUGGUUAUAAUUCACGUGCUAUCGGGAUCAGCUUUGUCGGUUGUUUCAUGAAUGAAAUUCCUGCACAGAUAGCCCUUGAGGCGUGUAAAGCAUUGAUAGAGAGGGGCAUCGAAAACGGAUACAUUCAACCAGACUACAAGCUGCUAGCCCACUGUCAGUGUAGUGCCACGGAAAGCCCAGGCCGAAGACUAUUUGAAGAACUCAAGACGUGGCCCAAUUGGACGGCAGAUCCAUGACAAAACCAAAGGAUUUUCUCAUCUAUCAUCAACAUAUAACACAUGCAUAACAUUAGUUUUGAAUUAGUUUU